CUUGCGGCCGCGGGUCAUUCCUCCACGUCCCGCACUGUGGCUUCGGGCUUGCUGAACGAGGAGAGCGGGAGAGCGGGUCUGCCUUGGGACGUCCGGUCGCGGCGGACAUGAUGUCAAGUGAAGACGGUCAGCAGUCCCACGCUUUAACCAAGCCCACUUUUACUGAGGCACAAGCCUCUGCUCUGGUAGAAUCAGUAUUUGGGUUCAAGGUUUCUAAGAUCCGGCCCCUCCCUAGCUAUGACGACCAAAACUUUCAUGUUCACGUUUCAAGAACCACAGACACUACCGAUGACCCCGCUGAAUAUGUCCUCAAAAUAAGCAACACGGAGUCUAGUCAAACUCCAGACCUGAUUGAAAUGCAGAACCACGUCAUCAUGUUUCUGAGCGCGGCUGGAUUUCCAACGGGCUCCGUGUGCCGAACUAAAGGAGGCAACACGACCUCGCUCAUGUCCGUCGAUAGUGGUUCUGAAAUCAAAAGCUACUUGGUGAGAAUGCUCACUUACCUCCCAGGAAGACCCAUAGCCCAGGUUGCCGUCAGCCACCAGCAAUUAUAUGAAAUAGGAAGGCUAGCUGCCCAGCUGGAUAAGACAUUGGAGGAAUUUCAUCAUCCGAAGUUAAAUCUUCUUCAUCGGGAGAACUUCAUCUGGAAUCUGAAAAACAUCCCUCUUCUCGAGAAAUACAUGGGUGCUCUAAGCCAGAAUCGAAACCGGGAGAUUGUUGAACAGGUCAUUCAGUUGUUCAAGGAAAAAGUAAUGACCAAAUUAAGUCAUUUUCGAGAAUGUAUCAAUCAUGGUGAUCUUAACGACCAUAACAUCUUAGUAGACUCCAGCGAGCCAUCCUCUGGAGAUGCUGUGUAUCAAGUCUCUGGGAUUUUAGACUUUGGGGACAUGAGCUAUGGCUACUAUGUGUUUGAAGUGGCAAUCACCAUUAUGUACAUGAUGAUUGAAAGCACAAACCCCAUACAAGUCGGAGGCCACAUCCUUGCAGGGUUUGAAAGCGUGAUCCCUCUGACGGCUGUGGAGAGGAGCGCACUGUUUCUCCUUGUCUGCAGUCGCUUCACUCAGUCUCUUGUCCUGGCCGAGUACUCCUGCCAGCUGUACCCGGAGAACAGAGAGUACCUCAUGGUUACAGCAAAAACGGGCUGGAAGCAUUUACAGCAGAUGUUCGCCAUAGGCCAGAAGGCCGUAGAAGAAAUCUGGUUCAAAACUGCCAAGUCCUAUGAAUCCGGGAUCUCCAUGUGACCGGAGACAAGUUUGUAUUUCCUUGGCUAUCAAAACUCAGUUAGGCCCAGAUCAAAUUCAUGAAGGAUUAAAAAUGAAAUGGUAAAACAAAUCUAUGCCGAAUAUGAAGAGGCGAAGGAAGAUCUAGUUUUUACAGCAAUCUUAGGACUACCUUCUACUCUUAAGAAAGUACUACAUUUAGAUAGAACUCUUUCCUAGUGUGCAAGGCCCUGGGCUUAACUUCAGCACUAGAAGAGAAAAACACACAAGUAAGCAUGUCUUUCUGUGGGCUUUGUUUGUCUUUUCUUUCAAUCAUGCGUGAUUAUAUAUAAUUUGUAAUCAGUCUCUCAAAGUCUAUUCCAGGCCUUAAAUCAAUAACUUUUUUUUUUUUUUUUUGGUUUUUCGAGACAGGGUUUCUCUGUAGCUUUGGUGCCUGUCCCGGAACUGGCUCUUGUAGACCAGGCUGGCCUCGAACUCCCAGAGAUCCGCCUGCCUCUGCCUCCUGAGUGCUGGGAUUAAAGGCAUAUGCCACUACUACCCGGCAAAUCAAUAACUUUUAAACUGUGGAAGGAAUACAUAUGUAAACUAUAUUUAUAUAUUUUAAAUAAUCCACAUAAACACCUAGUCUACACAACACUAACUGUAUGUACUCUGACCUCACUUCCCUAGCAUCCCAUGGGAUUCUGUCUUUUCCGUAGCAUUUCACUGUCUUAUCUGCUCAUCUAGCCUGUCAAUAUGACCAUGGCAGAGCCAUGAGACACUUAUGUCUGGGUGUCUCUCCUUGCACCUGUGAUAGUGCCUUUCCCACAGAAGAGUCUUUGGACACAUUCACAAGAUGAAUGCAUGCCAGAGGAAAUAUGCUAUGGUGCCAUAGGGGAAAACACGGGUGGGAGUCAUGGGAAAAACACUUUAGAACAUUGAGAGAGUAGCUGCAGCUGGAACCAGAGGUAGACAUUAGAUAACAGUGGAACUGCGUGGAAGCAAAUGGAGACAUCCCGGCAAGGCCAUUAACCCUGAAGGCAGCAAGGAUCCUCAGCAGAUGGGUGCUCCUACACUGCUCAGGCUGGUCUUCAGCCCCUUGCUUCCCACAGUCCUGUUCAGCCUCCCAGUGUAGGCCCCUAGCCCUACACCAGAUGUUCUUCAUUCUCUAUAACUGAUUGCCUUUUAUAGGAAUCUGUAGAGUUAGUGAAAUGAAAUGGUUUCUUUCCAUGACUCUCUAAUGUAAGUGGCUAUCUACUUAUUCUUGUAGGGUGGGCUUCUUUUCUGUGUUUAGACCGGAUUCCACUGUGUUAUCCAUGCUGGACUCAAGUGAUAAUCCUGCUUCAUGCAACCAAGCAAGUAGCUGGGACUGUAGGCAUGUCCACCACACUUGGUCCAUUUUUUUUUUUUUUUUGGUUCAACCAUGCUUUCUACAGAUGGCUCAGGUCAGAACCCUGGCCAUUCACAUACCUCAUCAGUGCUUAUCUGUCUGUGUGAGUAGGCUACGAUACUGUAAUUGCUUGUCUGUCUGUCUGCCUACCGACCUGUCUAAAUUUCCCAAGCUAGGCAUUUCUCUGAGUUUACUUGGAAUUCAUUUGUAACUUCUCUAUAUUGUGAUUUCCUUUCUGUAAAACUGAGGUAAUGGUUGUACCUAUCCCAGAGAGUUAGGGUUAGGGUUUUGUAAAAUCAAGGUAAUGGUUGUACCUAUCCCAGAGAGUUCAGGUUUUGUAAGAGAAUAUGACAAGCUCUUAGCAUAGACUCCGCACAUAGCUGAGGCACAAUAAAUAGUUACUAAAUAAUGGAUCAGAUUCCAGGUUACCCAAGCUCAAAAUCCUGGUGUGACAUGCUUUUCUCACUGCCAUAUCCAGUGAGACAAAUCAGAAUCUUAGGUCAACAAUCUGGAGCAGCCCUCUUUCCUGCUUCAUUAGUUGUUCAGUAUAUAUAUUAUCACCCGAUGUUUAUUGAACAUUAUUUAAUCCAGAACAGAAUCAUACAGAUAGUCUGAAAAUAGAGCCUUUAACAGCUGAAUUAAUAGACUCAAAAGAGAGCCCAGGCUUAGAUCUUAAAUUAGGUCUUUGGGUUUUGACCCUUGCUCCUAAUUACUACAGAAUCCCAUAUUUCUUUUGCCUCUCCUCUCCUGUUCACACACACACACACACACACACAGAGAGAGAGAGAGAGAGACAGAGAGAGAGAGACAGAGACAGAGAGAGAGACAGAGAGAGAGACGGAGAGAACGAGAACAAAUGAGAUCACUCACAUGUGAAACACUUGGGAUUCUCACAUUUAAGAUUUUUGUUUUACUUGGCUAAUCAGGAAACUAGGGACCAGAAAAAUGGACUGAAACUUCGGCUUACUCCAGACCAGCGUUCAUCCUGUUAUACAGUGGAACCUGCAGUUUCUCUCUGGAUUGUUCUUGCUAACGAGGAUUCCCUUCACUAAAUUCCUAAUGCAAAUAUUGCUGAUUUCUGUUAUAAUAAAUACCUGCUGCACUGUA